AUGAAGUGGUUUAUCGAUUUGUCAUUUCCCACGUUCCCUAUAUACUCACAUUUAUUUAGCCGCUCUGCCUCUAGGCAAUACGAUCAGAUGUCAUUUCCCUCGUUUCCCAACGCUGAGGAUCGCUCUGAGUCUAGGUCCGACACCUACCCCCCACCUUCCGCCACCACCUUAAGCAUCAGAAGAAAUGGUGAAGAGCUGCACAAAUGUUCUCAAGUAUGGUCAAUGCAAUGA